GGCAGCCUCGGCGGUGCUAGAUGAAUACGGGUUGGUCGUUAAUACGCAGUGCGCGCACUGCUAUCAACCGCUUUGACGAUCUCUGGCUGUGGGGUUUGUUCCGCAUUCUUCGGCAUCGUACCUCAAACCUCGCGCCCGGUGGUGUGGAGCGACCGUGAACAUCGAUGAAAAUACAUCAUAACCUUCUCGGCGCUAGAACCUUCCGACUCGUUCAUUUUAACGACUCUAUCUCGACCUCACAUAGACCUAUGGAUGCUCGACAGUGUACGUCUGCUCCCAUCGGGCAUCGUUUUGCUGCUGGGGCGUGAUGAGUGUUCAUCGUACGGAGGUCGCUCGUCCACUGUUCUGCAUGUCGCCCAGCAGUGGGUGUUGCUAAAUCCGAUGCAUCUCCAUUUGCGAGUGCGGAGAAUGUUCAUAUCCGAUAGUCGUUCCAUACAUCACCUGGAGGGCCAGCGCCGACUGACCAUUACGGUUCUAGUGCGAACCUUGUCAGUGGCUUCGGCAAGCGCAAGAGGGUACAUGUCAACUCAAUCGAGCUUAUCGAGCUAUUUUGAAGCCUGAAGACUUCCGCUCGCAGUCGCGCCCAUCCUGCCCACCCCGUUGAACACGAUCAAGACUAUGGUAUUGCUAACGCUGAAGAAGAUGUCGAGCAAGGGCAGCAAUAUGGCUGACUCCCCUGGCCUGGAUCAUGCCAUCAACGACGGGGUUAUCAACACGAAUCGAUGCAAGGCUGCUACCCGUCCUGGCCGUCUUAUAUCUGAUGGCUUUCCUCGACCGCAUCAACAUUUCCAAUGCUGUUCGGUUCGGGCUCGAAGACGAUCUUGGAAUCACCAUCUUGCAGUUCAACCAUGCUGGUUGUACAUCCUCAGAGCGCGCACCGCUUCCGCAUCUUUGGGGGACGACUCAUCAGAUCCGACCAGCAUCAACACCACCCCAGACGGCGUUCCUUCAACGCUCGCGUUAUCCAUCUCGAGCAAGGACAUCUGGUAGACGCUUUCUGACCGCCUUGAGCUCCUCACUCUCGUCAACCCACGAAUGACGCUAUUAACGAGGGGUUACUCGGGGCUACUCACCACGUGAUUCUUUCUUGGAUUAUUCGAGGCUGGAUUGCUCCCUGGCUGCCUGUACCUGAUCUCAAUGUGGUAUCGACGAGAGGAGGCUCAGACACGUAUAGCUUUUUUCUUUUGCUCCACGGCUCUCGCUGGAGCAUUUGGAGGGCUUCUCGCGACCGCGAUAGGGAAUAUGGACUGAACACGCCAGCUCAGGGCGUGGAGAUGGGUUUUCAUUCUUGUUCGUCUUCCAGAGGGUCUCCUUACCUGUCUAAUCGCUGUCUUUCUCUUCUUUCUCAUACCGGACUUCCCCCGAAGAAGCGCGGUUUCUCAGCCCACAGGAACGGCUUUUCGUGAGUAUUAGUAGACUGUUUGGUUACCACAAAUAUGCUUCAAAUGCGAAGUUCCAUAGCUGCGCUUGCUCGAGGACGUCGGCGACUCGGCUAUCGAUACCAAAAUGACAUUUCGUCGAGUUAUCACGGAUCUCAAGGAUUAUCGCAUAUUCAUGGGCGGCUUGAUGUACUCUGGGCUUGUGGUUCCCGCAUAUGGUUACGCGUACUUCUCUCCGACCAUCAUCAAGGCUAUACCUUUACCCAAGCUCAGCUUCGCUCUGUACCUCCCUAUGUUGUCCAGUUACGCUCUUCCAUGCUAGUCGCUGUCGCAAGCGACAAGCUCAGGCGCCGUUGGAUAUUCACCAUCGGGUCGCAUGGCUCUUCGUUAUGCAACGUACCGAACGUUGACCAUAGGAUGAUAGGCACGUCCCUCAUCGCCGUGAGCGCGAUCGCAAUGUUAUUGUCCAUUCACACCAACGUACACGCUCAAUAUGCGGCAUUAUUCUUGGCCGUUACCGGGGUUUACAUUACCAUGCCUGUCGUCCUCUGCUGGUUCACUAGCAACCUUGGUGGGCACCGUCGUCGUUCAGUAGGCACCGCCUGGCAGGUGCGUGAAGAAUUCUCCUCGGAUACGCGAGAAAUAUAGUACCAAUGUUGGCAACAUCGGCGGGAUUGUCACGUCAUAUUCAUUUCCGGCCGCGGAUGCACCUCGAUACACCAAAGUUUACAGUAUCGGGAUAACAUUUGUGUGUCUCUCAAUGAUGUCCUGCGCGAUUUAUGCUGCCGGGAUCAUGCGAGAAAAUAGGCGACGAGCUGCUAUGCAAGGUUCCGUCGGCGAUCCGUCUUCACAGGCUGACGAUAAACUAGGCGACCUUGAACCUAGCUAUAUUUACAUUGUAUAGCAAGGACGUAGUAAUGAUAAAUCAGCAGGCAAAAGCC